AUGGGGGAGAUCUGUGCUGUGUGUGUGCAAAACGAGUCCAAAGAGACUCACGCCAACGACCCGCCGAAAGAGCAACCCGCUCAGACGAGUCAGUCUGCCCAGUCCGCUCCUUCCGCGUCGACUCCCUUACCUGCUACAAGGAACGCGCUACCCGGAAGUAGCAAGAAAAUCGACUUUGCCGGCUUCGAAUCCGACCCAGAGCUUCUACGACUGCUCUCGAGAUACCCCAACCUGCGCAUCCAACUCCAAAGUGUCUACGGCCUGACACUGGAACCUCCACCGCAAGAACAGCGCUCAUUCUCCUUCAGGGGCAGGGGCAGAGGAAGAGGUGGUUUCCAACAGCAGUCACAUUGGUCACAAGCAAAAGGCGACAAGGAGGCUACAGAGUCUUUCAGAAACAUGAGAACUGCCGAGGGCGACGACAAAGCCCUGGCCGAGUUUGUGCAACUGCUCAAGAUGAGGUUUGCGCCCGAAGCUGACCAUGCUGCUACCUGA